GGAUUGGUUAAUUCGAAGAACUGGGCUUAGAAACAGGAAGUUCGGGGAUCGAAUUUGAAAGUGAAAAGCCUUGGUGCGCAAACGCAGGUGUCAUUCCCCCUCCCCUGGUGUCGCGAACUGUACUAUUACUGAUAGAACAGGGGGCACAAGGCGCUCGCCUCGCCUGGAGGCGUGGAGGACAAACGGCAACGGCGAUGCGCGCAGAUUAGUAGGAAACCUCCGCACAGGCGGAUCUCAGGAUGAAAACAUACUGGUUGCUGUGAUCGCUUGUGAAAAAAGGAGCACACGGCUUCUUUGUAACAUGUUUCACAAGGACAUGAUUGGUCUUUCCGAUACCCUGCUUUGGUGACACUUGACACACCUUCGCUCGUUUUCUUUCUGAUUUUCCUUUUGUGUUUUAUUUUUUUUCCUACGGGUUUUAGUGCUGCACAAUGACUUACAAUGAGUAACGCUCCGAGAAAGGGGUAAGCGUUCUCUUAGCUCAGUGGGAGAUGUCAUUUUCAGCAGCAUGCAUCCCGAUGGCAGCAGCAGUCGUCCCGAUGCGAAGCCUGCGUCCCGCAGCCUUUUGGUCGCUGCAGCGCUCGGACUCGCCGCUGUGCUGUUGGUGCAGCUCUCUCCACCCUCCCUUCUACUUCGGAUCCUUCUCUACGUUCUCUUCGCCUUGGUAUGCCUCGCACUGGGAGCCGCCGCUGUCCUGGCUAAGCGAAGUCCCCUCAAAGUAGUGCGCUUGAAGCGCUUUGGCACACAAGUCUUGGAGCGGCUAGUGAACGAUGGGGGACAUUUUUCCAACUCACCAUCUGAGUCACUGCAAUCGAGAAGGGUCGUAAUCUCGCACAACAUGGAUAAGGCAAUCAAAGAAGUGUUUGACUACAGCUACAGAGAUUAUGUCCUUUCCUGGUAUGUGGAACUCAGUAGAGAUGAAGGGCAACUGUACCACAUGCUGUCAGAAGACUUCUGGGAGAUGGUGAAGCAGCUAAGAAAUCGCCUGACUAGCAUUGACCUAGUGCGACUUGUCUGCAUUGACACAGUUAAGACUGUGCACACUCACUUCUGUGACCUUAAAGCAGCUAACACCAGACAAGAGGAGUCUCCAAAACCUUUUCCACUCCACCCAUGCUUAAAAAGCAGACAGGAGGAGCAGAGGUUUCUGCGUACAUGUUCACAUCUUCUUAUCCUCUGUCUAAUCCCAACGAAGGACGCCCGCUCAAGAACCCUCAGGAUCGUUUUAGCUGAAGUUGUUGCUGCUAAAGUGCUGAAGCCUCUUAUUGAAGUACUUAGUGAUCCAGACUACAUCAACAGAAUGCUGCUGGCCCAGCUAGAACACCGAGAACAAAUGAAUGAGAGCCUUAAGAAGGCUUACACUUACUCUCCCUCUUAUGAAGAAUUUGUCAAGCUCAUUAGCAACAGUUCAGAUGUGGAGUUUUUAAAACAAUUAAGAUACCAGAUAAUUGUUGAAAUAAUUCAAGCAACUACCAUCAAUAGCCUUCCCCAGUUGAAGAAACAGAAAGAUAGCAAAGGAAAGGAAACAGCAGCAAUGAAAGUGGACAUGCUGAGAGCUCGGAACAUGAAAAGGUAUAUCAACCAACUGACUGUUGCAAAACGGCAGUGUGAGAAGAGGAUAAGACAAUUGGGAGGCCCUGACUAUGAACAACAGGAAGAUGGGCUCACUGAUGAAACUGAUGGACCUCAGAACCAGAGGAUUCUUCAGUUUGAAGAAAUCAUGACAAAUGCAGUGUUUCGGGAACAUUUUCGCAUCUAUAUGGAAAGGGUUGAGAAGAGAGCACUCAUUAGUUUUUGGGAGUCUGUGGAGUAUUUGAAAAACGCUAACAAGAAUGAAAUACCUCAACUUGUUGGUGAAAUCUACCAAAACUACUUUGUGGAAAGUAGAGAAAUUCCGGUGGAGAAAGCACUUUACAAAGAAAUUCAACAGACUCUGGUGGGAAACAAAGGAACUGACAUUUUUAACAAGAUUCAGAGUGAUGUGUAUGAAACCAUGAAGGAACGGUAUUACCCAGCAUUCCUGGUGACUGAUUUAUAUGAAAGGCUGAUCAAGAAGGAAGAGCAGCGUAGCAAUUCGCAAUCUAGCUCUGAAGAUAAGGAUGAAGUAAACCAGGCAUGUGAUGGGGGAGAAGACAUCCUUGAUGAAGGUAGCAAUGGGAUUAAUGAGCAGGCCAGUUAUGCAGCAAAUAAGCUACGACAUUUAAGUGAGAAGCUUGAAUAUAAACGACAGGCUCUGGUAUCAAUUCUUAAUGCCCCAAAACCAGAUAGAAAGAUUGUCUCCAAACUGAAAGAUGAAAUCAGCACCAUGGAGAAAGAACAGGAUGACCUCCAACAACACAUCUCCCGAACAGACUGGUGGUGCGAAAACCUGGGCAUGUGGAGAGCUGUCAUCAACAACAGUGAGAUUGCAGAGGAAAAUGGUGAGCAGAUGCCAUGCUAUGCUAUUACUGUGAAUCUUCUAGAAGGUGAUGACUCUAAACACAAUAGCUGGAUGGUUUCCCGUAGACUGAGCGAAUUUCAGAUGUUGCAUAGGAAGCUGACAGAGUGCUUUACCUCUUUGAAAAAGGUACAGUUACCUUCCCUCAGUAAACUGCCGUUUAAAUCAAUAGACCAAAAAUUCCUGGACAAAUCAAAAAAUCAGCUCAAUGCUUUCUUACAGAAAAUGCUGACAGAUGAGAGUCUGUGCCAGAGUGAAGCCCUUUAUGCCUUCUUAAGUCCUUCUCCAGAGCAUCUGAAAGUUAUUGACCUGCAAGCCAAAAAAUCUAGUGGCUUCUCACUUGCUUCUUUCCUAGAACGAUUACCAGGUGAUUUCUUCUCUCAUCAAGAGGAGGACACUGAUGAGGACAGUGACCUUUUAGACUAUGGAGAUGAGCCUGAUGGAAAGAAGGAUGCACUUGCUGAGCCUUGUUUCAUGUUAAUUGGGGAAAUAUUUGAACUGAGGGGAAUGUUUAAGUGGGUCAGAAAAACGCUUAUUGGACUAGUCCAGAUUUCGUUUGGAAGAACUAUAAAUAGACAAAUCCGUGACACAGUCAACUGGAUAUUCAGUGAACCAAUGCUUCUAUAUUACAUCAACAUCUUUCGGGAUGCCUUCUGGCCAAAUGGAAAACUAGCUCCAAGUUCAACACCGCGAACAGAAAAGGAGCGCCAGGAAACCAAGCAAAGAGCACAACAAAAGCUGCUGGACAACAUUCCAGAUGCACUACAGAGCCUUGUUGGGCAGCAGAAUGCCCGGCAUGGGAUAAUCAAGAUAUUUAAUGCACUACAGGAGUCAAGUGCCAACAAACAUCUUCUUUAUGUUCUUUUGGAGUUACUGCUUAUUGAACUUUGUCCAGAACUGAGAGAACAUCUGGAUCAGCAGAAAACAGUUGUAGUCUGAUUUGAAGAAGAACAUGUCUGUAUUCACAAAUAGACAUGACGUGUAUUACCCUCUUUAGUAGAGGGGCGGACCACGUAUUUGGUGGGUUUGUUCUGUGCUAGCUGAAGUACCACUAUGUAAGCGGACAUGAUGAAGUACCACUGCACCAUAUUGAAAAUGCUGCUUACGAUGAUAUGUUUUUAAAUGUUCUCAUGAUCCUGUUAAAUGGCUUGGAAGAUUUGGUAAGGUCAACUGCCAAUACAUGUUGUACAAAAUCUGGUUAUUUUACUUUAAAGACCUUCCAGGUUGUGAUUUUUGUUAAUAGUUGUGGACAGAUGAAUGUUGUAUCCAUGUUGAAAAUUAUCCGGAACUUGGAACAUUCCUUUUCCUUUCUCGUGUCCAUUAAAAUCUUUGUUGUGCAAUACUU